AACUACUUUGUGCGUAACGUGUCACUCUGCGUGCCACACACACCGCCCAUCACAAACUGUCAAAUAUUUUUUUGCCAAGUGACUGAUCUCAGACAUCGCCUGGCUUGCUGACAAUUUAAAGAAAUGUGGAAAUCAGUUGUAGGCCAUAACGUGAGUGCAAAGGAGAGCACAGGGGAUGGAGAUGAUUGGGAGACAGACCCUGACUUCGAGAAUGACAUUACAGAGCAGGAGCAGAGAUGGGGAGCAAAGACAAUCGAAGGUUCGGGGCGUAAAGAGCAUAUAAGUGUGGCAGACCUCAGACAGAAAGUGGUGGUGGAGCAUGAGCGGGUGAAACAGAAAGAACACAUUCCCAAAGCCUCAUACGGUUAUGGAGGCAAAUUUGGGGUGGAAAAAGAUCGAAUGGACAAGGUGGCUCUGGGGCAUGACUACGUGGCAGAGGUGCAGCAGCAUUCCUCACAGAAAGACGCAUCACAAGGAUUUGGUGGGAAAUUUGGAGUUCAGAAGGACCGUGUUGAUGAGUCAGCUUUGGGCUUUGAAUACAAAGGAGAUGUGCAACAGCAUGCAUCCCAGAAAGAUUAUUCAAAGGGUUUCGGGGGAAAGUAUGGAGUAGAAAAAGACAAAGUGGAUAAAGCUGCUCUGGGAUAUGACUAUAAGGGCGAGACAGAGAAACAUCAGUCACAAAAAGAUUAUUCUAAAGGCUUUGGGGGAAAAUUUGGUGUGGAGAAGGAAAAAGUGGAUAAAGCUGCCCUUGGAUAUGACUACAAAGCAAACACAGAGAAGCAUCAGUCACAAAAAGAUUAUUCAAAGGGGUUUGGAGGAAAGUUUGGAGUAGAGAAGGAAAAAGUAGACAAAUCAGCUUUGGGGUUUGAUUAUAAGGCUGAAACAGAAAAGCAUCAGUCACAAAAAGAUUAUUCGGCAGGAUUUGGAGGUCGAUAUGGAGUACAAGCAGAUCGUAUGGACAAAAGCGCAACUGGCUACUCGGAUAUUGACUCUCCUACUUCUGCAUAUGAAAAAACAGUGCCAGUGGAAACAUCGAGUGUCGGUGCGGGUAAACUUAAGGCACGUUUUGAGAGCAUGGCCAAAGCAUCCGAUGAAGAAAACCGAAAGAAAGCAGAGGAAGAACGAGCAAGGAGGCAAGCCCGAGAAACUAGAGAGAGAGAGGAGGCUAAAGAGCAUCCACCGGAAAUAAGCAGAGAGGAGAAAUCUCUUCCUCCACAAGCCUCAGCUAUGUAUGCCAAAGCUGUCCCUGAAGACCACCACACCCACAGCACAGAGAUACAGGAAGAGCCAGAGGAGGAGCCACUUUACGAACAGCCUCCAGCGAUUCCUCCACAUGAAGAGGAUAUACUAGAUGAGAAUGCUCCUUCGGUUCCUCUGAGGUCAGCAGAAGUGGAUGAAGUAGAGGAGGAUGAUGGGGAGUACGAGAACCUAUCAGAGCCGCAGCCACCUUCCUCUCAACUCACAGAGGGCGACAAUGAUUAUGAAGACCUGUCAUAUGGCUUGCAAGCAAAAGCCAUUUAUGAUUAUCAAGGAGAGGCUGAUGAUGAGAUCUCCUUCAACCCAGAGGACAUUAUCACCAAUGUGGAGAUGAUCGAUGAAGGCUGGUGGAAAGGACACUGUCAUGGGCGCAUUGGUCUGUUCCCAGCUGCUUAUGUGGAAUUAAUACAGUGAUGAUAAACUUGCAGUUUUGCACUGAAUAUUUUGAAUAAACAAUGAUACUACUUGAUAAUAAAGCCA